AUGCAUGCCGCCAUGGAUCGUUCUCGAUCGGUGUGGCCAUGGUCUACAAGCUACUCUAAGGGGAUUCUGACUCCUUUGCGUGGAAGCAAUGCCUUGCCAGAGGGCCAACAGGCCGCAAAGAAUCAUGUCACAGGAGCCUUGCGAGAGAAGCUGGUGAAAUACCGACAUUACUUGGAGCUCAAAGCAGCAGAACGUUCCGUAGGAGACCCAUACCUUCAAGCUUUCUCGCUGGUGGCGCCCAGAAGAGCCACGCCUGUCAAAGCGCUUCCCGCGCCACCCGCCUCGCCGCUACCGCGCCGCGCCGCGCCACGCCGGGUUUUUGUGAAGCGAGAGAAGCAAGCCACGCCGGGCAGUGCAAAGACCACAAGGCCCAGCACUCGCGAGACUCCUCUGCUAGAGGACCGGCCUUGGACCUGUGGAGCAGACCGAAGUCGAUCCAAAGGUUCAGGUGGGCAUGGCAAAGACCUAAGGCCUGAACGAGAGAGUCCUUUGCAGGAGAUUGGACAAUGCCUUGAGCUUUGGAGCGACGCGCUGGGCUCGCACUUUGUUCGUGCGGCAAACGCCCAGCGCUGGUUGGAAGCCAUGUGUGGCUCAGGUGAAAUCCAGUCCCAGACGGAGCUCUGCAAUGUGGCACAGAGGUUAGGUCUCAGCGAGGAGGAUGCCCUCCGUGUGGCUGUGGCACUCUGGGCUCUGUCGGACGGCAAAGCUCUGUCUCUGCGCUUGUUGGUCGGUGCCCUUGAAGAUGAUCGUGAGAUCCAGCUCCUGGCACCGGAUUCCUCCCUUGUGCCUCUCCCGCACCAAUUGCUGAGUGACCAGCUCGAACAGAACGAUGAGAAUGUGGCUGAUGAGGCUGAUAAGGCUGACGCGAGGGUCGAUGUGGAUGCACCACAGAUCCAGGUGGCCGAAGGUCGUAGAGGCCUUGAACCUUCGAACGCCGUGGAUCAAUCAGAGGUCUCUGCGCAAAGCAAUGCCGAGCAGACCGAAAUGCCUGAAACGCCUGCAGAGGUCCCGGCUGAAAGGCCAGAGUCCAGAGGUGAAGGCAGGUCAGAUGUGGACCAAGAUCCUGAUGAGGAUGAGACAGCCGAUGAAGUUCAGGUGGCGUCCGUUAAGGAGAGCUUGGUCCGGGAACUGGUGCUUCGCGCCCAGCAACAAGGACGCCAGGCAGCAGAAGCUCAUCUGCUCGCGAGAGAAGUGGUGUUCCAAGCGCAACAAAGAGGAAGAGAGGUAGCUGAGGCAUCGCUACUUCGUGCUGUGGGUGAGCAGCUGGUUGAAGAUCAACCCAACCCAAGGCAGAAAGAGGACCCUGAACCUUUUGAAAGGAAUACCAUUGCAGGCCAGAGCUCCUCCGCGCUGUUGUUGGGUGCUGAUGCUCUUUGUGCUGACGAAAGUGUAACUGAUGAGGAGGCCCUUGCGGAGCUUACGGAGCUGGUUGCGGGCAUUGUACUCAGUGCCCAGUCUCGAGGACGUCGAGUGGCAGAAGCGCGGUUGUUGGCAAAGGAAGUAGUGGCCCAAGCCCAACGACAUGGAAGGAAGGUGGCACUUGAGCCCUUGGCCAAGCUGAUCGUCCAUGCAGCCAAUCAAAAGGCCAUGGCUGUGGCCAUCGCCAACGCGGCGAACACGGUGAACACGGUGAACACGGUGAACGCAGCCGCGACCCCUCUGCCGAGCACAGAGGUGAAAUCAGAACAUGAUCCAGACGGAAGCUCCUUGGAAGUCGUCGAGGAUCCAGAGAAUCGGCUGCGACCUGGCCAGUUGGUGCAGGCGCUCUAUGGCUACACUGCUCAAGAUUCCGACGAAAUGACCUUCAAACGUGGUGCCAAGAUGCGCAUCAUCAGGAGAGAUUUGUUUGAUGAGGGUUGGUACCUUGCCUCUGAAGGCGGCCGACAAGGCCUCAUACCUUUCAACUACGUCAAGGCGGUGUCGAUCUCCCCGGCCCCGGCUCGGGCCCCGGCCCUCGCACCGGCGGUGGUGCCAGAGGCAGCUUCAGAGACGGCUUCAGAGACCACUCAGGUGAAGCAAUCUGAGCAAGUUGAAGAGAAGGGCAAGAAGAUUGAACCCAGUGCCAAAGCGACAGGCAAAGUUUCCAUGCGAGCGCUCUUCAAAAUGGCCUCCCGUUUGAGCGGCCCCAGCACAUCGUCUCAAGCACCAGCAGCACCAGCAACACCAGCAGCACCAGCAGCACCAGCAGCACCAGCAGCACCAGCAGCACCAGCAGCACCAGCAGCACCAGCAGCACCAGCAACACCAGCAACACCAGCACAAGCAGCACAAGCAGCACCAGCAGAGGCCCCGGUGCAUAGCACACCACAACCGAAGACGUUGCCUGGACGCGUGCCACUCGCUGCCCUCUUCAAGGCAAAGAUUUCACGGCCACGGCAAAAUGAGGGUGAUGCGUGA